CAGUCUCCGGUCAUCCCCUGUACUGUGUCCGCAGUCUCCGGUCAUCCCCCUGUACUGUGUCCGCAGUCUCCGGUCAUCCCCCUUUACUGUGUCCGCAGUCUCCGGUCAUCCCCCUUUACUGUGUCCGCAGUCUCCGGUCAUCCCCCUUUACUGUGUCCGCAGUCUCCGGUCAUCCCCCUGUACUGUGUCCGCAGUCUCCGGUCAUCCCCCUUUACUGUGUCCGCAGUCUCCGGUCAUCCCCCUUUACUGUGUCCGCAGUCUCCGGUCAUCCCCCUUUACUGUGUCCGCAGUCUCCGGUCAUCCCCCUUUACUGUGUCCGCAGUCUCCGGUCAUCCCCCUUUACUGUGUCCGCAGUCUCCGGUCAUCCCCCUUAACUGUGUCCGCAGUCUCCGGUCAUCCCCCUUUACUGUGUCCGCAGUCUCCGGUCAUCCCCCUUUACUGUGUCCGCAGUCUCCGGUCAUCCCCCUGUACUGUGUCCGCAGUCUCCGGUCAUCCCCCUGUACUGUGUCCGCAGUCUCCGGUCAUCCCCCUGUACUGUGUCCGCAGUCUCCGGUCAUCCCCCUGGUCAUCCCCCUGUACUGUGUCCGCAGUCUCCGGUCAUCCCCUGUACUGUGUCCGCAGUCUCCGGUCAUCCCCUGUACUGUGUCCGCAGUCUCCGGUCAUCCCCCUGUACUGUGUCCGCAGUCUCCGGUCAUCCCCCUGUACUGUGUCCGCAGUCUCCGGUCAUCCCCUGUACUGUGUCCGCAGUCUCUGGUCAUCCCCUGUACUGUGUCCGCAGUCUCCGGUCAUCUCCUGUACUGUGUCCGCAGUCUCUGGUCAUCUCCUGUACUAUGUCUGCAGUCUCUGGUCAUCUCCUGUACUAUGUCCGCAGUCUCUGGUCAUCUCCUGUACUAUGUCUGCAGU